AUGAGUGGUGGAAUCAUGGUGGAUAUAGGAGCAACUCUUACCUAUUUUACUCAUGAUUUUUACAUCAUAUUUCGCGACACAUUUAGAAGUGAAGUACGAAAUGUUCCUCUGGUUGAAAAUCCAGUCUUUCCUUUUGACACUUGCUACACGAAUCCUGAUGAUCGUAUGCUUUUUUUCCCGGUUGUGAAGUUGUAUUUUGGCAGUGUAAACAUGAGGAACAAGUUGGCUCUAGCACAAGAACGAGUCGUCGUGAAAAUUCAGGAUCUCUACUGUUUGGCUUUUAUUGGAUGGAGACAGGACUUCUCAAUAUUAGGCGCACAUCAACUCCAAGGUGUAGGAUUAACUUUUGAUACUUCAGCAAAUACUUUGUCCUCUGACUUAGACGAAUGUGAUUGA